UUGUAGACUGCUGUGAAAAACUGCUCUUUGGGAUUCCCUUCAGUUACCCGGUUGGAUGAAUAUUUAGAAAAAUAAAUAAAACACACACACAGUUUGAGAUACUGCUAAAUAAACAAAUAGAUAAUUGUGUGUGGAUAAAUUGGAAAAAUCUUUCCAACUUUUAGCAUGAUGUCUUACCUCAAACAGCCCCCCUAUGGCAUGAACGGGCUGGGGCUAGCAGGACCGGCAAUGGAUCUUCUACACCCUUCCGUGGGGUAUCCAGCCACCCCUCGGAAGCAGCGGCGAGAACGCACCACCUUCACCCGAUCGCAGCUGGACGUGUUGGAAGCGCUUUUUGCAAAGACCCGCUACCCUGACAUAUUCAUGCGAGAGGAAGUGGCCCUGAAGAUCAACCUGCCGGAAUCCAGAGUCCAGGUCUGGUUCAAGAACCGCCGCGCCAAGUGCAGACAGCAGCAGCAGAGCGGCAGCGGCGCCAAGAGCCGGCCGGCCAAGAAGAAGUCUUCUCCGGCGCGGGAGAGCUCCGGCUCCGAAAGCAGCGGCCAGUUCACGCCGCCCGCCGCCUCCAGCUCGGCCUCCUCCUCUUCGUCCAGCUCCAACUCUUCGGGCCCGGCGCCGGGCGGAGCGGCCUUGAGCAACCCAGCGGGCGCGGGGGGCGCAGCGUCCGGGUCGGCCUCGUCGGCCGCCUCGCUGAGUAGCGCGCCGUCGGCCGUGGCGACCUCGUCCAUCUGGAGCCCCGCGUCCAUCUCGCCCAGCGCCGGGCCGGAGCCCUUGGCGCCCGGCGGGGCCUCCUGCAUGCAGCGCUCGGUGUCCGGCGCUUCUUCCGCCUCUUACCCGAUGUCGUACGGGCAGGGCGGGGGCUAUGGCCAGGGCUAUCCUGCGCCGCCACCCCCGCCGCACUCGUCGUCCUACUUCAGCGGGGUGGACUGCGGGUCCUACCUGCCCAUGCACGCGCCCCCGCACGCCCACCAGCUCAGCCCGAUGGCGCCCUCGUCCCUGGCGGGCGCGCACCCCCACGCCCACCACCCGCUCAGCCAGAGCUCCAGUCACCACCACCACCAUCACCACCACCACCACCACCAGCCCGGCUAUGGCGGGCCCGGGCUGGCCUUCAACUCCUCCGAUUGUCUGGACUACAAGGAGCCGGCCUCGACCGCCGCCUCUUCCUGGAAGCUCAACUUCAACUCCCCGGACUGCCUCGACUACAAAGACCAGGCCUCCUGGCGCUUCCAAGUCCUGUGAGGUCUGCAGCGGCACCUGCCCCCCAUAGCGCCCCCUUUCUUCUCGGUUCCUCGGGACGCCCUCUUUUUCGCCUUGCAAGCGCGCUCCCUCCCGGUCACGCGCCAGCAGCCCUUGCUCUUCCGCCCCUUUGACCGGUUGGCGAAAGCAGCUUUUGAAUUUAUUUUAAGAAAGGGAAAGGCGCUGGGAGCACCCAGCUCGAAUAGCGUACUGCUUCCAGCCCCUUCCCCAUCACCAAACCCGGGGCUGAAGGCUGCGGGGGUAGCCCUGCGGCCCUUGCCCUUCCCGGACGUGCCUCCUCCGCCCCGCCGAGUUGACUCCUGGUCUGUUAUUUAUUCGCUCCCUGGGAUUAUGUUCAGGAUCGUACUUUUUUGUUCUGAAGCAGAAGAGGACUUUCAAAUCGAGAUUCGUCCUUGUCCUUCCAACCGAUAUAUACCGGCCUUGGCCAGCCGUUUGGCUUUGUGACGCUCGCUGGCUCGCCUGGAAAGACGGGAGAGAGGACGCGCCUUUUGCUUUCCGGCCGACUGCAGACUCCGUGUAUAGAUCUUAACACCGCCCUCCCCCAUCCCCUUCAAGGACCCCCCCCCCACUCCCACCAGGUUCUCUCUGUAGGGUUAUAUUGCAAAAAGGGUAGGAAUUUUGUACAUAUAGGGUUUAACGAGGUCCAUUCCAGCGACCCUUUUUGAUGAAGGAGCUGAAGGUGAACUCUGGAGUCUCGGCAGG